CGAACGCGUAGUUCGAUGGCUACAGCUGCAUGUACCUUGACCUACCUACUCUUGUUUUGUAUUUUGUAGGGUCGUGUUUAUUCGUCUCGGUGAGAGCGGAGGGGUGAGAGAGGAACGUCUAUCGAAGGGAUGAGACCGGUUAAGGUUUCCAUACUACGAUAGUACGGUACAUUUCACAAUUGUCUCACCAGUCCAGUCAUCGUCGUGAAAGUCAUUGAAGAAGCAUGUGAUUGUGCUCGUGUUCGGUGUUUAUCUUGUGUAAAUCCUACAUAUAGUGGUCGCUCUUCGUAUACUUUUAAUUAUCUACUCUGUAAACAGAUUUUGGUUCGGUUGGAAAUUCAGCAGAAUCAAGAACAAGAAAUGGCUGAAAUAUCCAACUUGUACGAUCCCGAACCUGCGGUGCCAAUUCUGAAAGAAAAUUCAGCAAUCACCGUUGCCUUCCAAGUAUUGCGCUCUGAAGUCAACAAAUAUCGUACGAAGAACGAAUUGGAGAAUUUUAAUCCGAAAGAACUACACACCUCGUUGCGAGAAAAAUUUCCAGAUUUACCAACCGCCAUUUACGAUACGAUCGAGGAAUAUGUCAAAAAACUUGGUCUUUCGGUGAAAAAUUGGCUGAAGCAGCAUUACAAACCUGUAUUCUUUUGUCAUUACGGCCGUCAAAAUUUUGUUUUGUACGACUUCGACGAUUUUGUCAGCGAUUCUGUCGGUGGUAUUGAUUGCGUCAAGACUGCAGAACGUAUGAUGCGUUAUGACAAAUUUAACGAUGCUGUGAAAUUCAAAGUAGCUUGUAUGUACUUCUUUGAAGAUGAUAUUAGACCAAUUUGGCCAUCUGUCAGGAAACAAGUGGGUUUGGAUCAAAUUCAGUUUGACGAAUGCCCUCAAUUAUACUAUUGGAUUUGCCGUCUAAGCAAUCAGUUGGAUAAGAUACCGCUCCAACAUGAGGACGGUUCUAUCGAUGAAAAAAUGUUUAAUGUCUGCAUCUUUGGCGUUGGAACAUCCUAUGAAUAUUUUUGGAAUCGGUUAUCACCAGAAAUUCAAUUGCAAAGAGCCUUGGACAUUGUUCGUGGGGGUGAAAAGGACGAGUUGAUUUUACGAAAAUUGGAUGAUAGACAACUUGACGAAUUCGUCAAACAGAGAGGUUGUGAUUUGAUGUAUUCCUGUAUUAGAGAUGACAAUCUUGAUGAAGAAUUAUUCCUUCGAGUAUGGAUGUGCAUUAAAAAAGUAAUAAACGAAGAUGUAUUCGGAGAAUUAAUUGUAAAAAUUUUGACAUUCGAAAUUAAACGAAAGAGAUGGUCUACAGCUAGGACUUGGCGAUAUGGUGAGUAUGAAAAGAAAGAUUACAAGAACUGGUUAUGUCGAAGUCGUGAAGUAUGGAGUAGUGCCUCGAAUCAUUUGAGAACAUCGGUGAUAAAAAACGUUUUACCCGACUUGAGAUUGUACGAAUCCGAUCGUGAUUACAGUUAUAUAUCCAACAAGUGCGAACGUCGUAAUGAAGAUCCUGUCAAUUCCUCAGAAUUCCUGUUCACGAUACUUUCAGAUGCUUCAUUGAAAGAGAGAUACUCAUUUUGGUGCAGCAGCUGGCAAAAAUUAAUUUUUUGCCCAAAUUUCGACGAUUUGCAACGAAUAAUGGGAAUGUGCUUCGAAAACAAUGACCAGAUUAUUCAAUACAAAGAGAACGUCAUUGCCGGAAGUGAAAUUGUACGACAGAUCUGCGUUUCAUUACUCACUUUUGCGCAUUUCGAAGAACUAAACGAGCUUGUGAUUUUUUGUUUCCCCAAUGAAGAGUCAGCGAAACAUUACAAACAGCAAUUGCUGCGAUCAAAGUUUCUCGGCGAGACGUCUAUUUUUCGAUACAUGUAUUUCAAUCAUGCCAAAGAAUUCGAUAAGUUCAUCAGUGUUGCUUUUGGCAACGUAGAUCUUGCUACAGAUUUUAAAAAUCAACUGAUAUUGUUGUAUAUUAUUGGUAACACUGAUUAUAGUCAUAUAGAAGAUAUUAUGUUAUAAUGUAAAUUGUGAUGAAAUGUUAAUAAUGUUAAUUAAAUGAGAAUAAAGUAUAAAACAUGGCGCAGUCGUGAAGUUACGUUUCGUUAUAUGUGUGGUGAAUUAAAUGUCAAAUGAAGAAGAAAAUCAUCCAAGUGACGAAGAGUAUUCGUUAGCAUCAGACGGUGAAAUAGAAAAUCCUCGUGUGGAUAGCAUCAUGGCGGCGACAUUCAAGCUGCCAUCGGCCCUGAUAAUCGAUGAAAAUUUAAAAGAAAAUUGGAGACGGUUCAAACGAUCAUUUCAAAAUUACCUUAUGGCAUCAAAUCUGGAAGCAGCAUCGGAAAAUCGUAAAAUUGCUAUAUUAAAAAAUGUCAUGGGUGAAGAAGCUGAAGAAUUGUUAGAAACGUUGAAUGUGAAACCGAAGACGGGUCAAACUACUAUCAAAUUAGACGACAUAUAUGACGCUUUAGAAGAAUAUUGUGCUCCAAAAACUAAUGUCACUUAUCAAAGACAUUUAUUCUUCAGUAGGAAGCAGCAAUCCAACGAAUCAUUCGAUCAAUUUUUAACCGAUUUGAAGAAGUUAUCGAAGCAUUGUGAGUUCGGCGAUCUAGAAAGUUCUCUCAUUAUGAGUUUUAUUAUAGUAGGCGUUAAUAACAAUCAAUUACGUCAAGAUUUACUUAGAGAUAAUGACCUCGAUCUUGAUAAGGCUAUCAAAUAUUGUCGAGCGCAAGAAACUAGCCAAUCUCAAGCUAAUGUUAUGGCAAAACAAAUAAAAUCGGAGGAGAAAGAAGUAUUUGUGUUGAAAAAGCAUCGUAAUGAAGAAUCGGAUAAACAACCAGUGAAUAGAGCUGAACCAAAACCAUAUCAUUGUUCAAGAUGUGACACAGAUCAUAAGCCAAGAAGUUGUCCAGCUUACGGUCGACGAUGUUUGUUUUGUAACGGAGUAAAUCACUUCGCAUCAUGUUGUUUUAAAAAUUUAGCAAUGAAAAAAUCGAAUACGUCGAAGGAGUCAUCAAUGAGAAAUAAGAAAGGUGAUAACAAACCGUUAACAAAGACAUGUAAUGAAUUUAGUGAAACUGAUAAAAAGUCAGAUGACGACGAAUACGUGUUUGAUAAUAUUUGUGUAGAUGCGGUGGAAAAUAAUACCAAUGUUGAUGAAUGGUAUGAAACAAUUAAAGUAAAUAAUACUGAAAUCAAAAUGAAGCUAGAUUGUGGAGCGCAAUGUAAUGUAAUGCCAUUUAAUAUUUUGAAGAAGAUCGAUAAAUCAAUAAAACCAAUACCCAGCAAUAUUCGUUUAUCAUUAUAUGGUAAACAAUCCAAAAUUGAAACUAUUGGCAGUGUAAUAUUAAAAUGUCGUGUUCGUAAACGUUUCCGCAAAAUAAAGUUUCAAGUGGUGGAUUGUUGUGAUAACGUAAUUCUGGGAUUGAAGUCUUGUCAUAAUUUGAAUUUAGUUAGACGAGUAGAAGAAAUCAAAAUCAAGAAGCCAGAAAUAUUGAAUGAAGAAAUAUUUCGAGAAUUUGAACACGUUUUCGAAGGUAUCGGUAAAUUAGAAGGAGAUUAUUCAUUCAAGUUGAAAGAAGGAGCGACGCCAGUUAUCAAAUCUACAACUCGUAUUCCGUAUGCGUUGAAAGAAAAGGUGAAAAAGAAAUUAGAUGCGUUGGUGGAGGCUGGUGUUAUUGUUCCUGUUGACGUUCCAACUGAAUGGGUGAAUUCAGCAAUAUUCUUUGAAAAAAGCAGCGGAGAAAUUCGUCCAUGUUUAAAUCCAGCAGAUUUGAAUGAGAAUUUAAUUCCUGAUCCAUAUCCAAUUCCAACAUCCGAAGAAAUAGCGUUAAAAUUCAAAGAUAAAAAGGUUAAAUAUUUGGGAAUGAUCAUCGGAGAAGAAGGUGUUGAAGCAGACGACGAUUAUGUACAAUCAAUUGAAAAUAUGCCGGAACCGAAAAAUAGAGAAGAAUUGAUGUCAUUUAUUGGAAUGGUGAAUUUCAAAGCAAAGGAGAUUUUAAAACCACAUCCGGUACCAGAGUUGCCGUAUGAGAGAAUAGCAGUGGAUAUCGCCAGUUAUGAGGGUAAGCAGUAUUUAGUUAUUGCUGAUUAUUAUUCGUUUUACAUUGAUGCUGUACCAACUAAAUCAAUUAAUUCGUCAGCUUUAAUCAAGUUGCUGAAAAUAAAUUUUGCUAAUCAUGGAAUUCCGAAAGUAAUGAUAGCAGAUAACGUUCCAUUCAACAGUCAAGAAUUUAAAAGUUUCGCUAAUGAUUGGAAUUUUGAAAUAAUUACUACAAGUCCUCAUCACCCGAAAUCGAAUGGUUUGGCAGAAAAAGCUGUAGGUGUAGUUAAACGAUGUUUGAAGAAAUCUGAAAGAUUAGGUAUAGAUUUUGAAUACAUGUUAUUAGAACAUCGUAAUACUCCGUUGAAAUCUAUAGGAUAUUCGCCAAAUCAGUUAUUAUCAAGUAGAAUUACCAGAACGAAAAUUCCAGUUUUAACAAAAAAAUUACAGCCAACGGUUGUCCAAAAUGUUCGCGAAAUGUUGAUAAAACGUCAAAAAACGGUUGAAGAGAAAUAUAAUAAAAAUGCAAAAAAUGUUACAGAAUUCAAAGAAGGUGAACCAGUAUUAAUUUAUCACAACGACGAAUGGGAAUCUGGAGAAGUUAAAAGAAAACAUGAAACUCCGAGAUCGUAUGUUGUAUCCGGAGAAAAUGGUAAUUUGUUGAGAAGAAACACUAUUCAUAUUCGGAAAAUACCUGUAUCGGAAAGUCACGAAGAAUCAAAUAAUUCGAAGUCGAGCUCUGAGUAUCAACAAGAAGAUCAAUCGAUUGCUGUGAGGCGAAAUCGACGUGAGAUUAAACCACCUCAAAAGUUGAACUUAUGAUUUGAAUUAUUAUUGUUAUUUUAUGAAUUUUAUGGUUUCAAAUUUUUUUCUUUUUUCGUUUUUUUAAAAGAAAGAGGAUGUUGUAUAUUAUUGGUAACACUGAUUAUAGUCAUAUAGAAGAUAUUAUGUUAUAAUGUAAAUUGUGAUGAAAUGUUAAUAAUGUUAAUUAAAUGAGAAUAAAGUAUAAAACA